AUGAACGAUACUUCAUCCCAGCCAAACUGUUUAGUAAACAAUAAUAAUGACUUGAAACCAAUAUUUCUCGGUAAUUCCGUUUAUGAAUUUUGUAACGAUAAGAAGAAUGUUGAUGACCAACUAACUAUAUGGGGUUUGGACAAUAUAAAUACCAAUGACACAACUACAGCACUGUUUGAUACGAAUUUCAAUGAUUACUGUGAAAAUUUCAACUCUGAAGAACCAAUAUUAAAUAAUAAACAAUGCGAUUGCAAUUGCACCGCUACGUGGCAGCAACUUAAACAAACUUUCGAAUUAACUGAUGAAGAAAUACUCAAGGGAUCUAAGACAUUAAAAUUCAUGUUCCCUGAAGAUAUUUUUUAUAGUUUACAAGUGCACCCUACUAAUGAUUACCAAGAUGAUAAUUUAGAUGAUUUUAUAUUAGAUGAAGAAUACAUGUACACACAAUUGGGAGAUUUUAAUGAAAUUGGCCCAUAUCAGGAUGCAAAUACAGCUAUAGAAGAAAAAGAACCAAUUAUUGUUAAUGAACCCAAAGUACAACCAACUAUUAAAAAACCAAUUAAGCCCGAAAGUAGACAAACUAAUGUAAUAGACAAAGAAAUGACAAAAUCCAACGACACAAAAGUUGUUAAUAAAAAUAUUGGUUCCAAAAACCCUGACCAGAAAAACAUUAAAAAUAUAAAUCAAAAACAAAACUCUAAAAAUAAAUCGAAGUCAUCUAAAAAACAGGAUAAACGUUAUACAGAAAGCAAAUUACUAGUAAGCUUAAAUAAUAAAGAAGAAGAAAAUAGGAUGAAUAACAUGAAGUAUGUGUACACAUUUGGUGAGGAUUACCGAGGUGGCAUAAAUUAUGGUCAUAAAAAUUGUGUUAAUUUUUGGAUGCCAAUUCCACAUAAUAAAGGUUGGAUUGAUGAUAAAUUUUUGGAAGCCGAGAGGAAAAAAAAACUCGACAAGAAAAAAUUACGAAUUGAGGAAGAACAACAGAACAGGAUAAAAGCCAUGGAAACUGAAAAGGCCACAAUGAAAAGAGUGAGACAGGAAAGAGCGGCGAUGCGUCAUCCCUCGUCAAACUCUAAAGGCAAAUCUAAGAAAGGAGUAAAAGCCCAGAAAAUAAAGAAAGUAGAGGAGGCUGUUCCUGUAUUCAAGUUGAAUAAAAACCGCCGAGGCAUAUACACGGUGACUUUGAAUAAUACGAAUGAUGGUCGAUUGGAUAAGACGGAAGAGCCGGUUGUGUUCAAGCUAGCUGACCACACGAAGGACAACGAGGACGGGGACUCCACUUCAAGUUUCAACGUAGAAUUCAUCACACCAACAGCAAUUCACGCAUUGCGCUCGAAAAAACCCGUCAAGGCCAAAGCCGUGCAUCCUCCUGUUACGAUCGUUGAAGAAGUCCUACCACCAGUUAAACCUAUAAACAAAAAGAAAGUUUAA